AAGACUAAAGUGAUUGAUUAUCCUGGCGAUCACACACCACACCCAGUCGAAAGUGAUCCUUACAUCCAUGGCAGCCUCAUCAUCUCCGCUGAGCAAUUUCCUUUCCUUCAUCUUACCCACAAAGCCCCCUCCCCAGCACAAAGCUCCACCACCCCAGCUCUCCCUCUCCGCCCCCCACAAAGACAACAAACUCACCACCACCACCACCCAAUAUGGCCAACACGGGUCGGUGGCCCAGGUGGAGCCGGAAAAAUCCUCACUGUCAUCGGUGAUUUGCCCGUCGCUGGCGUACGCGAACACGCUCUUCUUCAAGUCGGCGUACAACGUGCAGGUGGUGGUGGACGACAACGAGCCGGAGGAGAGGCUGCUCAACAGGUUCCGGAGAGAGGUCAUGAGGGCCGGCGUCAUUCAGGAGUGCAAGCGCCGGAGGUUCCAUGAGAACAAACAGGACGAAAAGAAGCGCAAGACCCGCGAGGCCGCCAAGCGCAAUCGCAGAAGGCGUCCCCCUCCACCGAGAUUUUCGGCGCAGAACAGGCAGGAAACGCCUCCUUCGAGCAAAAAGCAGGAUGAAGAUGAAGAUAACUGGGAUUUACCCGAAGGAGACAUUCCUUACUGACCUUCUUCACUCUGGAUUUUAAGAGACUUUUGGGUCUUCUUUUUAAGUUGCAUUAAGUUGAGUGAAUUCUCUUUUUUUGGUUAAUCAUAAUUUCUCCCGUGUUUGUAUUUAGUACUAAAAGUAGUAAUUUUUCAUUCCUGGAAAUCCAUUUUGAGAGCACCCUUUUCAUGUUUAUCUAUCAGAUUCAUGGGAAGAUAGUUUUGUGCCUAAAAUAUAUAGGGCCUUUCCUGUUAAAUGAUGAGGAAAACUUCGAAAUCCUCCCUUGUUUUUUGAGUUGAAUUUGAUGUUUAAUAUGGUAUUU